GCAGCCUGGCACUUCCUGGUUUGUUUCCUGAGCUGCUGGAUCGAAACCAGACGCCCAAAUUCACAAUGCAUCUUUCAAGGGUUGGGAUUUAUAUGAAGAGGAGAAAGCGGGGCUGUUCUCAAGCUUGAAUAUUAUUGUCUUCCUCCAUCUGGCCGCCGCUCUCUCUCCGCCUCCUCAGACUGGUGCUCAUUUCCUCUCCCUUCACCACCAUGCUGUGUUGGGGGAAUGCCAAGGAUGGGCAGUUGGGUAUCGGCGCGGAGAGGAACCCAGUGUUUGAGCCAAGGAACUGUCAUGUGUUCAGUGGAAGAGGAUUGAAAGAGGUCGCCUGUGGGGGGCAACACUCGCUGUUCCUGCUGAAUGAUGGCAGCGUGUACACAUGUGGCUCUAACAGCUGUGGACAGCUGGGCCACGACAAAGUGGGGAUGUCCCCAGAGCUGGUCGGGGCUCUGGACACCCAGAAGAUAACUAUGGUGUCGUGCGGUCGGGACCAUUCGAUGGCGGUGAACGAGCAGGGUCAGGUGUUUGCCUGGGGAGCUGGGGACGGCGGACAGCUCGGCCUGGGGGCUGCAGAGGCGGCCGUUCGAAUCCCAAGGUUGGUCAAAAGACUGUGCGACCAUCGCAUCUCCCAAGUAAUGUGUGGGAACCAGCACUGCAUCGCACUUUCUAGAGAUGGCCAGCUGUUCACGUGGGGCCAGAACACCAGCGGCCAGCUCGGCCUGGGGAAAGGAGAGCCCAGCAAACUGUUCCCUCAUCCUCUGAAGUCUCUGGCGGGGAUUCCUCUGGCGCAGAUAACGGCUGGAGGAGACCACAGCUUCGCGCUGUCUUUGUCCGGAGCCGUGUUCGGCUGGGGCAAAAACAGAGCUGGGCAACUGGGCCUCAAUGAUAAACAAGAUCGCGCCGUCCCGUGCCACAUCAAAUUUUUGAGAUCUCAAAAAGUAGUUUACAUCAGCUGUGGAGAUGAACACACAGCGGCCCUCACAAAGGAUGGCGGCUUGUUUACCUUUGGUGAUGGUUCGUGGGGUCAGCUGGGUCACGGCUCCACCAAUAAUGAACUUUUACCCAGACGAGUGCUGGAGCUCAUGGGUACAGAGGUCUCCCAGAUCACCUGUGGCAGGCACCACACGUUGGCGUUUGUACCUUCCUCUGGUGUGGUGUAUGCGUUUGGCUGUAACAGCCACGGUCAGCUGGGCACAGGAAUACUGGGAGACGCCAGGAGCCCGUUUCCCGUCAAGGCCGGUUUCCUGACAGGACACUUCCUCAGAAAAGAAACAAAACAAUAUACGGUGAUCAGAAUCAUCUGUGGAGGAGACCAUAGUUUCUUAUUGUACUCAAAUGAGCAGAGUUCAGUCGCCCCAGAAGACUUCAGAGUGAUCAAUAUCGGUAAAAGCUUGUCCCCAAUCAAUUAUGAAAGGUUAAACUCCUGGAGGUUGAAACUGAUGUACAACACAGACUCUACUGUCACUAACGAUAUCGUAAUUCAGCUCUCCUCGGCGGCUUGUUGGAACGCCAGCUUCUUGGACCAAAGUGAUGAUACGCACUUCAAAACCAACCCAAAGAUCCCUGGCAUCGACCUGAACUCUGUCAGGAUGUUGUUUGAGACUCUCAGCAAACCGGCCUACUCUGGACUCCUGGAGCAGGCGACAAAGAGUUUCGAGAGUCUGUUGAUCCCCCAGCUGCCACGCUCCCCUCCAGAUGUCGAAGCCAUGAGGAUCUACCUCAUCUUGUCUGAGUACCCCGCCCUGCAGGACUCCAAGAACUACAUCCGCCUCACUAUACCCCUGGCGAUGGCCAUUCUCCGGCUAGACGCCAACCCCAGCAAAGUAUUGGACAACUGGUGGUGUUUUGUGGACGGCGGCGUGUUCACCAGGAUGGUCGACAUGUACAAGAGUAUUGUUGUGUUUAUGUUAACUGGAGGAAAGACUCUGCUCGUUCCCGUGUUCUAUGAAAACUAUUUUGUCGCCACGCUACAGCUGCUGGAGAAACUCCACAAGGUAAACCUGAAGGCUCACCAUGUGGAGUACAAUCGCUUUUAUAUUCCUGACAUCUCCAGCCUGGUGGACAUCCAGGAAGACUACCUCAAAUGGUUUCUGAGUAAAGCUGAAAUUAAAAUGGGAUCAUCCCCUUCACAGAGUGACUUUCCCUCAGUGAACCUAUGUGCCUAUCCGUUCAUCCUGAACGCCCAAGCCAAGACAACCAUGCUGCAAACAGAUGCUGAGCUGCAAAUGCAGAUGGCAGUAAGCGGUGCAAACCUGCACAACGUCUUUAUGCUGCUCACACUGGAACCCCACCUCGCUAGGAACCCUUACCUGGUGCUCCACGUACGCAGGAACCAUUUAGUGAGCGACACUCUUCGUGAGCUCACCAUGUACUCUGACGUGGACCUCAAGAAGCCUCUCAAGGUGAUCUUUGAUGGUGAGGAGGCCGUAGACGCGGGCGGAGUCACUAAAGAGUUUUUCCUGCUGCUGUUAAAGGAGCUGAUGGAUCCUGUGUAUGGGAUGUUCACGCAUUACAAUGACUCCAACCUGCUGUGGUUCUCAGACAAAUGCUUUGUGGAGGAGAACUGGUUUCACCUGAUUGGGAUCAUCUGCGGUCUGGCCAUCUAUAACUCCACAGUGGUGGACCUCCACUUCCCCCUGGCUCUCUACAAGAAGCUGCUGGACGUCUUACCCACACUGGACGACUUCAAAGAGCUCUCACCCACUGAGGCCAGGAGUCUACAACAACUUUUAGACUAUGAAGGCAGUGAUGUGGAGGAGACAUUUCUUCUCAACUUUGCUAUCACCAGGGAAAACUACGGGAUGACAGAAGUGAAGGAGCUGAUCCCGGGAGGAGAGAGCGUCAAUGUGGACCAAAACAACAGGAAGGAGUUUGUGGAGGCGUACCUGCGCUACGUGUUCUCAGACUCGGUCGACGAGCAGUAUGCGGCCUUCUCCUCUGGUUUCCUGAAGGUGUGUGGAGGGGAGAUCCUGUCUCUGUUUCAGCCCUCCGAGCUGAUGGCCAUGGUCGUCGGCAACAACAACUACAACUGGGAGGAGAUGGAGAAGAAUGCCGUUUACAAAGGCGAAUACACGGCCACUCACCCAACAGUCAGAUUGUUCUGGGAGGUUUUCCACGAGUUCCCACUGGAGAAGAAGAAGCAGUUCUUAUUGUUCCUGACCGGCAGCGACCGCAUCCCCAUCCACGGCAUGGAGAGCCUGCGCAUCGUCAUCCAGUCCACCACCGCAGAGGAGCACUACCUGCCGGUGGCUCACACCUGCUACAACCUGCUGGACAUGCCCCGCUACCAGACCAAAGAGAUCCUACGCCGCCGUCUCACUCAGGCUGUGGAGCAGUACGAGGGCUUCAGUCUGGUCUAAGGGGAGUCCCAGAGGGAAUUUAAUGCACUUUAACAGCAAUACGCCCGCAUGUGAGUGUCAAAAGAGUUUAAAUGGACACACAGGAAGGUCGCACUCUUUAUACGCUCUUACAAGAUUGUUAAGCAUCUUGAACAUGAAAGGUCUAUGUAUGUAAAUACAGAGUAUUUCUGUUUUUAUUGCUUCGGGCAAAGUUUCUCAACCUUUCAGGACCAUUUGGAGGAGAUCAGUUCAUAGGUGGAUAUGUGUGGAUACGUGUUUGAUAUAUGUGACAACAUUUAAAUAAAACUAGAAUACAUGCUGAACGUACGUUGCAUGGUGACCUGAAAUCAUAGAAAUUUGAGACCUAAAAUCAGGAACAGGAGGAGGUUGAGAAACUCUGGACUUUCGGCUGUUUGUGUCGUUUUAUUUUUGUUCCUUUUUUGCAAAGCUGUGUAUUUUAUAUUCCUUAAAUUCUAUUUUUCACCUUUGAAGGCUUAUGUUCCUACCUUGAGACAAUAUAUUUCCUUUUUGUUACUUUUAAUUUAUUAAAUAGAGUGGUUAUUUUUGGACGAAUAAACGUGUACAUAUACGUGUGUAAAUAGCACUUUGAAUAUAAUCUUUCCCGUCGAUGCUGGGAGCAGUGUUAGUCCUGCUGAUCCUUUUAAAUCUGGACACCAGCUUGUCCUCGCUGCCUGAUUUUAAAAUGUUAUCUGGCAGGCUGAGGGCUGCGGGGUGAAAAUAUUAUUUGCAAUCACUCAUUCCUGUUUAGCUGUGGAUCACAGAGCAGCUGACUUUUGUCUUGAACCUGCAUUCAACAGUGUUGCCUUCUACAGCUAAACCUACUACGAGGCUGACCUUUAAAGUUGAUUUUUACUGGAUGUUGUCUGUGUGCAUGAUCUUGAGUGAAAGCAAAAAUCCAACAGGUCAUUAAAUAGUUGGACAUUUUGGGGUAUUACAUUAUUCGCUUUCUUCCAGAGUUAGGUGAGAAGAUGGAACCAGUUUUCAUGUGUGAGACAACAAGUAGCCGCUUAGCUUAGCUUAGCUUAGCUUAGCCUAGCUUAGACUUCGAACCAACAAAAUCAGCCUUCACGCAUCACUGAAAUCACAAAUUAAUAGAUUUUUGUUUGGUUUCCCCUGGACAGAAAAUAAAAUAAAUUAAAAAAAAAAAUUACAUUUGGCUGUUUCUGAUAUUU